AUGUGCGCAAGAAGACAAAGCACGACGAUAAUGCUGAUCUUCUCGCUGGUUCUGGGCACAUUCGUCGAGAGUUCGGUGAUACGCAGGUCGUUGGGGAGGAGAGAACAUUUGAGGAAUUUGGUGGACGGAAGUGUAAGUGGUUUUUACUGGUCAGUUCGCAAAGUGGCUGGAGUGAGUUCGGCGACAUGCACUGUGCAAAAAGCCGAAUAUUGCACUGUGCAAAAAGUGGAAAAAUGCACAGUGCAAAAAAUCAGAUUGCACUGUGCAAAAAGCCGGACUUUGCACAGUGCAAAACCCGAAAAUUGCACGGUGCAAAACGCCGAAAUUUGCACUGUGCAAAAAGCCGAAUAGUGCACUGUGCAAAAAAAUUAAAAAUUGCACAGUGCGAAGAGCCGGAAAUUGCACUGUGCAAAAAGCAGAAAAUUGCACUGUGCAAAAAACAAAAAUUGCACUGUGCAAAAAAACGAAAAUUGCACUGUGCAAAAAAAUCAAAAAUUGCACAGUGCGAAGAGCCGAAAGUUGCACUGUGCAAAAAGCCGAAUAGUGCACUGUGCAAAAAACAAAAAUUGCACAGUGCGAAGAGCCGGAAAUUGCACUGUGCAAAAAGCAGAAAAUUGCACUGUGCGAAGAGCCGAAAAUUGCACUGUGCAAAAAAUCAGAAAUUGCACCGUGCGAAAGAGCCGAAAAUUGCACUGUGCAAAAACUAAAAAUUAAAGUGUAAAGUGAACUUUUGUUUUUUCUCACAGUCAUGUCGCCAAAAUCACUUGAGCCACCUAGCGUACGGUAUCGAAAAAUCAAAAAACACAAGCCAUUUUGCAAAAAAAAAUUCUCAUGUUUUCAAAAUUCUCAUGUCGUUAAGUACAUGAUUUUCACGAAUAUCAGAUGACCCGGAAAUAUUUUCAAUCGAAAUUGUGUUACGUUGUGACCUCGGUAGAAAGUACGGUUAGGCGAAUAAAAAAAAUCUCGUUGUUUUCGCCCGCCCAAAUAACAUUUUACGAUUUUUUUCGCAGAAAUUCGUGAUGAUUGCAAAACAAAUCAAUCUUCGGAAAGAUAGAAACGUAAUUUUCAACGAAAAAUCUUCUGAAAUCGUUUCGAAAGCAACGACAAUACGCGCCUUGUAUGACAAAGUAGAGGGCUCACUGUAAUGUAGAAAAUAAAAAAAAAACGAAAAAACGCAAAGAAUUUGGCGAUUUUCUUGGAGAAAAAUGACCUAAACCUGGAUGUCGCAUUUUGAGCACUUGGCCCGUAAAUUGCAUUUCUCACGUUUCCCAGGGUUCUUUGUUCAAGUUACGACGCAAAACCAUGUGUUUUGAGUACUGAGAAUGGUCGGAUGACUGUAGAAGUCCCUAUUAUGAAACUUUUUACCAUUUCCUUUGAAGAAAUUUGUACUUUACACUUAGUAACACACUGCACAGUGCAUUUUGCUUUUUUUUGCUGACGCACCGUGCAAUCUGAACUUUUAUCGGCGCUUGUCGUUGACGCACCGUGCACUUUGCCUUUUUGUUUUUUGCAACGCACAGUGCAUUUUGAACUUUCCCUUGUGCUUGUCGCUAGCGCACAGUGCAUUUUGGCUUUUUUGGCAGCGCACAGUGCAUUUUGAACUUCCCCCUGCGCUUGUCGCUAACGCACAGUGCAUUUUGGCUUUUCGUUUUUGGCAGCGCACUGUGCAUUUUGAACUCUUGCGUGUGCUCGCCGUUAACGCACCGUGCAUUUUGCCUUCUUUCCCUAACGCCCAGUGCAUUUUGCCUUUUCGUUUUUGGCAGCGCACAGUGCAUUUUGAACGUUUCCCUGCGCUUGUCGCUAACGCACCGUGCGUUUCCCCUUUUUUCGCACAGUGCAAACUUGAAAAAAGUUGCACUGUGCGAACGGUUCGGCAAAACCGCAGCGACGCCGUUGGGAAAAGUCAAUGUCGCGGCGAUAUUUUGCACGGUGCAAAUGUCAAAUGCACAGUGCAAAAACGAGUGCAUCGUGCAUCGCCGUUUUUCGCACAGUGCAAACGGAAAAAAAGCGGACUGCACUGUGCGAACCGCAAAAUCGCGGCGACAUCUUGUUGCACGGUGCGAAAAAUGGGCAAAAGGUCAAAUGCACUGUGCGAAAUGGGGGGUUUCGCUCGGCGACGAAAAGUCUAUCAAUUUGUCGGGAAAAUAAUGAGCAAAAUGUCGCUGUGCGCCCGUCGCGCGGCUGCCAUUGAAAAGCAAUUUGAUUUUGCCGCGACAAAAUUCAUUUUUUCGGCAGCGAUGCGAUUUUCGCUGCGACAGAGUGCUCAUUAUUUUCCCGACAGACUGUUACGCACUUUUGUAAAUACGUAGUAGGCUCUCAAUACAAUUCCACACAUUUAUUUAUUCUAAAACAAGUUCAAUCCCCAUUUUAAGCUGUUUUUUCGACGACUUCAAGGGUUUUCCGGCACUCAACAGCGUAGACAACUUGAAUGAGCGCUUAAAAGUACAUCCAUGUCACAUGUUUAUUCUACUCACACUUGAAUUUUCAGAGAAUUCCCGGAUUUCCACGACUGCAACGGUCGAUUCCGCCGAUGAAAAUCGAGAAAAAGUACCGGAAAAAGAACCCCAUGUGCUUCUUCGUCUCGAUACCCUGCACCAAAAACGACUAUCUGACCGCGUGA